GACUGAAGGUUUCUCUGAAGCUUAAUCUUCAAGAUGAAGUUCUUACUAGCAGUUUUCUUUUUCGUGUCAUUCUCCUUAUGGGUUGAAGAAGUCUGUUCCAAAGAGAAGUCUUCAAAGAAAGGAAAGGGGAAAAAGAAGCAAUAUCUAUGUCCAUCCCAGCAAUCAGCUGAAGACCUUGCAAGAGUACCUGCCAAUUCUACCAGCAAUAUCUUGAAUAGGCUAUUACUCAGUUAUGAUCCCAGGAUAAGGCCUAAUUUCAAAGGAAUUCCAGUCGAUGUUGCAGUCAACAUCUUCAUUAACAGCUUUGGGUCAAUUCAAGAGACAACCAUGGAUUAUAGAGUCAACAUCUUUCUAAGACAGAAGUGGAAUGACCCCAGACUCAAACUGCCCAAUGACUGGAGAGGUUCAGACACGCUGACGGUGGACCCAACAAUGUUUAAAUGUCUUUGGAAGCCGGACUUAUUCUUUGCAAAUGAAAAAAAUGCUAACUUCCAUGACGUCACACAAGAAAAUAUUCUUCUUUUUAUAUUUCGGGAUGGAGAUGUCCUAGUCAGCAUGAGACUCUCUAUUACUCUAUCAUGCCCUUUGGACUUGACCUUGUUUCCUAUGGAUACACAGCGCUGCAAGAUGCAAUUGGAAAGCUUUGGUUACACAACUGAUGACCUGCGGUUUAUCUGGCAGUCUGGAGAUCCUGUACAGCUAGAGAAAAUUGCUCUGCCUCAGUUUGAUAUUAAAAAGGAGGAUAUCGAAUAUGGUAACUGUACCAAGUAUUAUAAAGGCACAGGUUAUUACACUUGUGUAGAAGUAAUCUUCACUUUAAGAAGACAAGUUGGAUUUUACAUGAUGGGUGUUUAUGCUCCUACACUGCUAAUUGUUGUUCUAUCCUGGCUGUCUUUUUGGAUCAAUCCUGAUGCAAGUGCUGCAAGAGUCCCACUGGGUAUUUUCUCAGUGCUCAGCUUGGCAUCUGAAUGUACCACUCUUGCUGCUGAACUUCCCAAAGUGUCUUACGUAAAGGCCUUAGAUGUCUGGCUGAUUGUUUGCCUUCUCUUUGGGUUUGCAUCCCUGGUGGAGUAUGCGGUGGUUCAGGUGAUGCUAAACAAUCCAAAGAGAAUUGAAGCCGAAAAAGCAAAGAUUGCCAAGGCAGAGCAAGCGGAAGGGAAGGGUGGAAAUGCUGCCAAGAAGAACACCGUGAAUGGCACAGGGACUCCUGUCCACAUCAGCACUUUACAGGUUGGUGAGACCAGAUGCAAAAAAGUUUGCACUUCGAAAUCUGAUCUGAGAUCCAAUGAUUUCAGCAUCGUUGGAAGCUUGCCAAGGGAUUUUGAAUUAUCGAAUUAUGACUGUUAUGGGAAGCCCAUUGAAGUCAACAAUGGGCUCGGGAAAUCUCAAGCCAAGAACAACAAGAAGCCUCCUCCUCCCAAGCCUGUCAUUCCAUCAGCAGCAAAGAGAAUCGAUCUUUAUGCAAGAGCACUGUUCCCUUUCUGCUUCUUGUUCUUCAAUGUCAUAUACUGGUCCAUAUAUUUAUGAUAAAUCUUCUAUUUAUUUUUUCAUAUGUGUAAAAUAUAUGCCAUUUCAUUACCCCUUCCCAGUCAUGAAGGCCACUGUGUGAAAUUAUUUGCAUUUGCAAAGCAAUAUGUUGCAUUUUGAUGCCAUGCGAUUGUACUGAACAUAUGGCAUCUGAAAUCUGAAUGAAAGCAUGACACUGCAAUGUCUGUGCUCCAACCAAUGUUGUAUAUAAAUGUACAGCAUACAUCCUGCUUUAGGAAUAUAUAUGAAGGACAAUGCAUACUACAUUAUAAAGCCGAAUAACGCUCUUCAGUUAUUAGUAACAUACAGAGAUUUAAAGUGUUUCUGACAAUGAAACUGAUGUGCACGUUCAGUAUUAUUAAAAUCAGUAUUCUAGUAUAUGUAGUAUUUAACAGCUUUUCUGCUGACUUCCAGAGUAAAAAAAAAAAAAAAAACAACAACCCAAACAUCAGGUUCUUGUAUAAUUUUAGAUGGCACUGUUGAAGAAAAAAGCUAAGUUGUAAUUCAUGUUAUUUAGGCUUUGUAAGUGAAGGCAGCGCUGAAUAAGCUGAUCUUGUCUAUGUGGGAAAAUAAAGAUCAGAGAAUUACUAA